UAAAAUAUAUUCUCUUCGUGAAAUGCAUUACUAACCAAACCUCUUCUCAAAAUAUAUGCAUAGUAUGUAUGGUUGUGUGUAUAUGUGUGUUAGUUUAUUUCUUACUCUAGUCGCAAUAUUUCGUGAGGACGCUGGUGCACAUUAUUUUACAUUCUGUGCAAACUUCCGCAAGAAAUAUCGAUUCUCAAUAAGAUCUCAUCUCAAUUAUAGGCUAUAAUAUUGUGAAUAUAUAUUCUGUUAUAUUAGUGCAUUAUUUAAAUAUUAAAUUAACGACCAUAAAAAUAUUUAUUGAUUAUCAUUGAAAUGGAAGUUGUCAAUCAAGCUGAUGCUAUCGACGAGAGUGCAGACGAAAAUACGAUGAACGAUGAAGCUAUUGGUGUAGUUUUGGAAGAGGCAGAGAUAGUGGAUUGUGAUGCUGAGGCUGAGGCUGAGGCUGAUGAUGACAAUGUACAGUAUCAUCUGUAUGCAAUAAACAGAGGUGACAAUACAGUGGCAUACAAAGUGAUGCAAGUCAGCAGUAAUCACAGAGAGAACAAUGAAGUUUCGAUAGCCACCCCUGUGAAUAACACUGUGCAAGUUUUGGCUUCGCCCUUAAAUGGACAAUUAUACGUACUCAGUAAUGGCAAUGAUGUCGUAACAUCAGAGUCUGCAAGAGCAGCCGCACCACGUGUAACCAAACUGCAGCUAGAAGGACCGCAGAAUAUUAUUGCAAAUGUAAAAAAGAGAGACGAAAGGCGUAGAGUAACACACAAUGAAGUUGAGAGACGUAGAAGAGAUAAAAUUAAUAAUUGGAUUAAUAAAUUGGGAAAGCUCUUGGCAGAUUGCGAUCAAAAUGUGAAUAAAGAAGGAGAUGCGAAAGCAAAUUUUGAACCACAAAGCAAAGGAGGUAUACUAGCACGAGCUUGUGAGUACAUUAUAGAAUUAAGAGACGCUCAAGAAAAACUAUCCCAGAGUAUGGAUGAAAGCGCACAAUUGAUCGAAGAAGCUAAGACUCUUCGGCAAGUUGUAAGUCAAUUAAGAGAGGAAAAUUCAAAAUUAAAAGUCCAAAUUUCAAAGCAGAACAGUACAUUUAUACUCGGUACUUAGAUUAGUUUUUGGACAUGCAAAAGUUUGUUAUUAGUGCUUUAUGUUAAAGUUAAUAUAAAUUAAAUUCUUAUUGUUAGUAUAUAAAUAUAUCUUUUUUUAUCGCAUUAUAUAAAAAAAUAAAAAAAGAAAAUAUGAAUAAGAAUAAAUGAAUAAAGUGUAAUAGUUACAAAAUGUUUAUUUACAUAUAUCUGUGUAGCUCAGGAUAUAUAUAUGC